CUUGGUCGCAGAGGUCACGUCCUGGCCUCGCAGGCGCCUCCCCCCUCCUUCCACGACAAAGAUAGGGUUUAAAUAAGUUCCACUGCAAAUAGUUCUGUUUUGAGUCGCCAUGUUUUCUGACUUGGAGCUUAUGUGAAACUUCAGCAGUUCUAACCAAACAGCCCGCCACGGCUUCCGCGGGGGAGUGAAAGAGCAGGCCUACAACUCCCAGGUGGCUCUGCGCGCCCUGAGAACUACAUGUCCCAGGAGGCAGCGCGGCAGACGGGGGGCUGUCCGCGGCAGUGCCCGCAGGACCCUGCAGCGAACACGGGCUGCCCGGCGCGGCGCCCGGAGGACCCCACCGGCUACCCAUGCUGAGGUGAGUCCGCGGGAACCGCCACCGCCACCGCUGUCCCGUCCCCGCCGCCGCCCCGUGCGGCUCUGCCGUCGGCCAAGAUGCUGGAGGAAGCAGGCGAGGUGCUGGAGAACAUGCUGAAGGCGUCGUGCCUGCCGCUCGGCUUCAUCGUCUUCCUGCCCGCCGUGCUGCUGCUGGUGGCGCCGCCGCUGCCCGCCGCCGACGCGGCGCACGAGUUCACCGUCUACCGCAUGCAGCAGUACGACCUGCAGGGGUUCCAAUCGCCACUGGAAGCUGACGCCGUCCGGCAAUUCAUGGAGAUCGAGCCCGAGAUGCUGGCCAUGGAGACCAUCGUCCCCGUGUACUUUGCCGUGGAGGACGAGGCACUGCUGUCCAUCUAUGAGCAGACGCAGGCCGCCUCCGCCUCCCGGGGCUCUGCCUCUGCCGCUGAAGUGCUUCUCCACACAGCCACUGCCAAUGGCUUCCAGAUGGUCACCAGCGGGGUCCAGAGCAAAGCCGUGAGCGACUGGCUCAUCACCAGUGUGGAGGGGCGGCUGACGGGGCUGGGUGGAGAGGACCUUCCUACCAUCGUCAUCGUGGCCCACUACGACGCCUUCGGAGUGGCCCCUUGGCUGUCACACGGCGCAGACUCCAAUGGGAGCGGCAUCUCCGUGCUGCUGGAGCUGGCCCGGCUCUUCUCCAGGCUGUACACCUACAAGCGCACGCACGCAGCGUAUAACCUCCUGUUCUUUGCCUCUGGAGGGGGCAAGUUUAAUUACCAGGGGACCAAGCGCUGGUUGGAAGACAACCUGGACCACACAGAUUCCAGCCUGCUCCAGGACAACGUAGCUUUCGUCCUCUGCUUGGACACCGUGGGCCGGGGUGACAGCCUACACUUGCACGUGUCUAAGCCGCCCAGGGAGGGGACGCUGCAACACGCCUUCCUGCGGGAGCUGGAGAUGGUGGCCGCACACCAGUUCCCGGAGCUGCGCUUCUCCAUGGUGCACAAGAAGGUCAACCUGGCGGAGGACAUCCUGGCCUGGGAGCACGAGCGCUUUGCCAUCCGCCGGCUGCCCGCCUUCACCCUGUCCCACCUGGAGAGCCACCGCGACGGCCAGCGCAGCAGCAUCAUGGACGUGCGGUCCCGGGUCGACUCCAAAACCCUGACGCGCAACACGAGGCUCAUCGCGGAGGCCCUGACGCGGGUCAUCUACAACCUGACCGAGAAGGGGACCCCCGCGGACAUGCCGGUCUUCACAGAGCAGAUGCAGAUCCAGCAGGAGCAGCUGGACUCGGUGAUGGACUGGCUCACCACGCAGCCACGCGCCGCCCAGCUGGUGCACAAGGACGGCACCCUCCUCAGCACGCUGGAGCACUACCUGGGCCGCUACCUGAAGGAGGUGAAGCAGCAUCACAUCAAGGCUGACAAGCGGGACCCCGAGUUUGUCUUCUAUGACCAGCUGAAGCAGGUGAUGAACGCCUACAGGGUCAAGCCAGCCAUUUUUGACCUGCUCCUGGCCGUCUGCAUCGGCGCCUACCUCGGAAUGGCCUACACGGCCGUGCAGCACUUCGACCUCCUGUACAGAACCGUUCAGAGACUGCUGCUGAAGGCCAAGACGCAGUGACGCAGCCCCCCCGCCCCCCACUGCGGCCGGAGGGGCUCCCCACAGCCGCACCCCGAAUUACAGAGCUUUUCUGUGUUGCUCUUGAGGACUUGGGGGAUUCUUUGUUUUGUCCUUCGAACUCCCUCAGAGGAGCAGCUGGUGGCAUUCUGGGGCCUGGCCACGGACUUGGGGACACGCCGCGGAUGCGCCCUGGCCAGGAGGCCGGUCCUGCAGCCGUCAGGGUGCCGAGCGGUGACGGAGCUCCCAGCACAGCCUCAUGCCCUCUCCCGCCCGUGACCGGCCGCAGACUGUAGGCUGGCGCCUGUGCUGUCCUCCGCGUGUCCCCUUCCCCGGUGACUCGGGUGCUCUCCUGCUUGUCUGAGGGGGGCAGGUAUGGCCUCUGGGUCCCUGGGUUACAGCUCCUCCCUUGGAAGCCUGUGGCCACCACCUAGGCCAGGGCUGAGGGGUACGUCUCCCCUGAACCCCGUCUGGUGCCCUGGAGACAGCAGCCCCCCCCCACCGCCUCGCGCUGCACCCCGGGGACCGCGAGCACCUCCGCUAGGCUGUCUUCCCUCUUGGGGCCCAGCCGCGGGCCCCCGGGGAGGCGGUCCUCGGGGGGGCCCUGGGGGGCAGAGGCCCCCGCUCUGCUGACUCGCUGCUUCGUGGCUCCUGGGCCGUUUCCUCAUCUGUGAACAGGAGGGCGUGUCCUGGGGGAGCGACGUCCAGUUGGGGAUCGAGGGAGAGUGUUUCCUGGGGACACGACUGGGGGACCCGGAGGACAGGUGUGGGUUCAGUGGGAGCUUGGACCAAGCCCUCACCCCACAAACCAGGCGCCUCACGGGCCACGAGCUUGGGGGCGGGAACGGGGCCGCCAGCGCCAGGGGACCUCAGGGAGGCCUGAGUGUGCCAAUUCAUGAGCAAUACGAUCAGUUAAGUGCUAAGGGAGCAUCUCUACCACCAGGGAGGUCUGAGCAGCCCGAAGGGGCUUGGGGACUGGCCUUCCCACCCCUGCCCAGCCUGCUGCUGUCCCCUCCCGGAGCCAGCUAACUGGAGGGACAGGGCUUCUCUGGGGGUCGUGUCCCCACCUCUGGCCCACCCCACCCCCUUUGCCAAACCUGUCUUUCUCCUGGGCAGGGCUGGCUCUCCUGUCCUCCAGCCUCUCAGGCCCCAGCUGGUGGCCAGGCCUGGGGGUGCGCUGGGGGCGGUGUGGGGGCCGCAGGUUCUUUUCUGCCUCAUGCCCCCUUCGCUCUGCUGGUGGCCCAUCUCCCCUAGGGAUUUUACCAAGUGCCCGGCCACUUCUUGGGAUUCAUGCCGCAGGGGUGGGGGGCCUGGGUGGGCUCACCCUCAAGCGUGGUGGUGGAGGGGGCAGUGUCUGGGGUUGCUGAGCGAGCCCCCCCACCCCAGGGCCACUUCGCAGGAUGGUUCGGAGCUCCGGUCGGGUGUAGGACACAGGUGGACAACCAGAAAAUAAAGCCAUAUUGAACAGUC